AUGGCCAGCUCGACUAGGUCGCGGGGCCACGUCGCUUCGUCGUCUCCUCUGCCCUCUGUCGAUGAAAUAUUUUCCAGGAUCACCAAGCCGCCAAUGCAGAAUGAUUACGUCUUGAAGUCAGCAACCGAAUUUCCUGAACGCCACUCCGUUGGGGCCACGAGCUUCAUCCGACCCGAACGCGUUUCAGUUGAUUUGUUGACUCCCAACAAGCCGAAUCCAGAGGCCAUUGAACCCGACUCGGACGACUCGGUCUGCGUAAUCAAGAUUCCUGUUCCAGGCACAAGGAAAGCUAGACGCAAGAAGGGCUCAGGCAAACUUCGCGAAUUGAAGCCGAAAUCGAAGAAGCCGACGACAGAGGAGAGGUCAAAGGAGAAAAAGCCGUGGAUGAAGUAUAGGGCCAGUGAAUCACCAAAUGGCAAAUCAAAGAGUCAUGUCACCCAAGAGUCUGGCAAGAGUACCGAGAAAGUUCGAAGUCACCACUUCCCGACGCCAGUCCAAUCGAAGCAGACUGACGAUGACGCCGAACCCCGCCUCCUUUCCCAGAAAGAACCUCUACGGGACGAGCCCUUGGAUCUGGCACCUGCGUCAAGAAGGAGAGCCAAUUGGACGCCGCCGCCGCCGCAACAACUCGGCCCAGAAGGUUCGCGGUCUUCUGAUGUUGAAGAGCUUUUGUCCUCCGCUCUUAAGAACUGCAAUGCCGCCCCUGCACGAGUCUCGUUUGAGAGUCUUCUAGAAAACUACGUCUGCAAGGAAGACGCGAGCGAUGGCAAGCGCUCUGAAACGCCAGAGGGAAUACCCGAUGCUCUGAAGAAACGAAAACUCGCACAAUCCAUACCGACCAGUGAUUCUGCGACAGUCUCUCGAGACACUUCACCCGUUAAAAAGGUGUCCAAACGAAAGAAGCCACGGACCAUCACCGAGCUUGCUACGGCGGCAUAUGCUGCACCGGAAGAACCAGAAGCUGCGCCGGCAGCAUCGCUUCUCGCUUACUUAGAACAACAAACUAGCGGAGCCACUGUUGCCGCAAAGGGCAAGCCCAAAAAGAAGACUGCCAAAAGCAAGCGGCUUCAAAAGGUACCAGAGCCAGCUUCGAUUCUUUUAUCUCCAGGGACAGCCAUCAAGCAGGUCGCCAACCAAGACUUUGUAUUUGGAACGUCCAGCCAACUUGCCAGAGAGCACUCGCCGAACUUCCUUCGAGAUAUCCAGACUGCUGUGCGUGCUUCCAAUUCGACCUUAGAUGAGCCGGAUCCCUUCACCACCCCUUUGAACAGCGAUUCUAUCGAGCCACCACCUCGCAAGAAGCUGUGGGAAGUUGGCGCCCGCGACGAUGACGGCAGGCUUGUUGAUCUCGAAAUCAUUGAUUUAGUAGGCACCCCAGCGGUCAGUGUUCCCGAAAACGGGGAUUCUUUUGGAUAUUUGCACGUCGAAAAUGCAAUCCAGACUAAAAUUCAGGAUCUCGCCGAAGUCGAUGAAGAAGUUGUGCUUCCCAAGCUGAGCCCGGCUUCUGCUGUCUCGGCAGACGCCUCGAGAGAAAUUAUACCCUGCCUCAUCUCGAGCGAUAUUGGCAAUUUGGGCAUGGCGAAGAUCUCCAAUGUUCAGCAACAAACCUGCACGCCGCCUAAUUCUAUGCAUCCAAGCAAAACCCCAGAGGUGCUUGAUAUCCCCGCGCCCGAGCCAGUUGGUACACCAAUUGCUUUGGUCGUCGAACCUGCUCCCGCUGGCCCGAAGAGACCCAGAUAUGAACUCUACACUGAUAUACAGCUUACCAAGGAAGUCAGGAAGUUUGGGUUCAAGCCGAUCAAACGGCGCACGGCCAUGAUUGCUUUGCUCGGCCAAUGCUGGGAAAGCCAAAACCGGCCCAGAGUGGCUUUGAGCCCGCUACCCUCCAACCAGCCAUUAUCUACAGCGUCCGGACUGACAUCUAGCGCCGUGGCACCGAGGGCAACAGCCCCCGAAACAUCGAAGAGACCACGUGGACGACCAAGGAAGGAUAGUACCACCGAGAUCAUACCAGAUGAACCACCGCCGUCUGCUCAGCCUCCAGUCCCGUCACCAAAACGGCCCCGUGGUCGACCCCGCAAAGAUGCCGGUAGUCCAGCUGCUGCUUCCACAACCAAGUCCAAGCCCAAGGCCAGCCUUCAAGGAACCAAGAAGGCCGCAAAGGCAGAGGAUGCAGUGGCGGCGGCAGCGACAUCGACAAGCCAACUGAAGGUGUCACAACCACGAGCUGUGGCAGCAGAGGUUAUCGAGAUACCCGAUUCCGCCUCGGACGGGUCGCUGCUUACUUCCUCGCCCGAGAUGCGAUCCUCGUCGCCACCAGCUGUGGACGUCUGUUUGUCGUUGGACGAAGAUGCCGAGAUGUCGCUUGCACCGUCUGUCACGAGUACACAGUCAAACCUCAUGGACCACAUCACCAAGGCAGUGAAGGCGGCACCGCCAACGCAAGAUCCCAACGAGCCAUCGUGGCAUGAAAAGAUGUUGAUGUACGACCCAGUCAUACUCGAAGACCUUGCUGCAUGGUUGAACUCGGGACAAUUGUCGGAAGCGGGGCAUGACGGGGAGGUGUCGGCGUUUGAAGUCAAACAAUGGUGCGAGUCAAAGACGUCGUCGAGCUCGAAGGAGAAGAAACCAGCCGUCGCUCCUCGUCCCAGUUCUAGCAUUCUGCUCUUGUCGCCGACCAACCGAGUCCUUCUCUUGCAUCGCGUCAAGACGUCAAGCUCCUUCGCGUCCGCACAUGUCUUCCCUGGCGGCAACCUAGACGCCUUUCAUGACGGCGACAUCCCUGCCGAACAUGCGAAGGAGAGACAUGUGGACGGACCAGCGUACCGCAUUGGUGCUAUUCGCGAGUGUUUCGAGGAGACAGGCAUCUUGCUCGCACGACGCAAAGGGGCAAAAAGUGACGCUGCACUCGUGAGCCUACCUAAUGGCGAUAGGGAGGCCGCGCGGAAGCAGAUCCACGGGAACCAUGUCCGAUUCAGCGAUUGGGCAGAGAGUGUCGGCGGAACACCCGACGUCGAGGGACUGAUUCCCUUCACGCGAUGGGUAACACCCACCAACGUUCCCAAGCGCUUUACGACCCAGAUGUACCUCUAUCUUCUCCCCGACACGGCUGCAUUUGACCGGGUCGAGGCGGCACAGCAAGAAGAGAUUAUUGUUCCCACGCCCGACGGCGGCAUCGAGCACACAGCAGCCCGGUUCGACGAUGCCGCUACAUGGCUGGCCAAGUCUGACGCUGGCGAGAUUAUCUUGUUCCCGCCGCAAUACUAUCUUCUUCAUCAUGUGGCUCGGUUCUGUACUCAGCAAGGUUCGGGGACAUCGUUUUCGGUUUUUGAAUCGCAACGACAGAAGCUCCUGCAAUUUCUGCGGAAGACGCCAACGGCCAGUUCGGAAAAAGGGAUCGCGCACCCCACAUCGUCAAUCCCAUGGUCUGAGAAGGUCAUGAGCCCUCAAAAUCUGCUGAUUCGGUCUUCGGAUAAACGUAUUGUGCUCGGUCUCGACAAGCCUGGACCGGAACUAAAGGAUUCUGGUCGAGGCGGCGACUGGGAGAGGGUCGUACUCGUGAAAUUCUCGAAGGAAGGGCCCCGAAAGGUCGAAAUCAGGGACCGGGAGGAGAUUUUGGCGGAGGAAAGAGAAGAGAAGUCAGAAGAAGGCUCUGGGGCUCGUCACAAGUUAUAA